CCCAGGUGUGCUUGAUGGCCUGCAGUGCAUGAAGAGUGGUUGCACCCAUCGAAAUGCCCAUUCAGCAGUACAACUUAUUCACAACAGGGCAGGCGUAGGCGGCCAUCAUCUGCCCCCCCGUACGCAGAUGAAUGAGGUGUGAUUGUGCGAAAGACCCUUGCCGGCGGCCCCCCACAACCGCUCGCCACCCGCAUACACCAGGAAAGAAAGGCAGACUCACGCUCUGCACACCACGUUCCGCACACCACCUGCACAGGCGCUUCUCUGCCCUUCUCCCCUUGGUAGCUAAUCGAGGAAAACGCCCCCCUCGUCAUUGAAUCCUAUCGAUCUCACCGCUGGCUGAUGGUUUGCCGCAGCAACGCGCGCAGGAGCAAGUGUCGGCUGUCUGUCUGUCUGUCUGUCUGCCAGCGCCUAGGAAUUAAACCAUGCAGCCGAGUAGCCUACCUACCGCCACGUACCUACCGCUGUACACCCACCAUCCCAUCCAUCCAUCCAUCCAUCCACCCGCCCACCCACCCUGGCUAUCACAGCUCUACUUUGGGUCGCUUCCGCGACGGCCCGCUGGCGGCACUGUCCAACUCAUCCCCAUCGGCGAUGGAGCCCAAGAUGGCCUGCAUCAGGUCGGAGCCUCUCCUGUUGACCUCACUGGCCGCCCUCUUGCCGACGCCGUUCCCGUCGCUCAGCGGCCCCCCCACCAUACCCCACACGAGCCGGAAGAGGCGCUGGCGGUCGCCCAGCGUCGUCACGGUGCGGAUGAAGGCAGCGAUGUCGGUGCUGUGCGCCAGGAACACGUCGAGGCUGACGCAUCCGCUCAGAAUCUCGCCAUAGCACCACCCGCCGAGCACCUCCUGGCGGUCACGCCGGGCGAACCAGGCGGUGACGGCCCACAGAGGCGACACACCGCCGGCUCGAAUGCGGGACAAGAGGGCACCGACGCUCUCGGCAGCCUGCGUCAUAGAGGGAGAUAUAAUGACGGAGCCAUCAAACACACACACACACACACAUGACGCAGCCUGUCUGUCAUCUGUGUGUGUGUGUGUCCGCUGAGUCACUGUCUGUCCCACCUGUCUGUCCAUCGAGUAUCCCACAGCUUGGAUGUCGGCCGAUCUGCGCUCGAGCAGCAUGAUGCGCAGGCAGUGCAGCACGAGGCACCGCAUCGGGUGGUGGCUGAUCGUCACGGUCGCCUUGACGUCCUUGACCUUCUUGCCCGUGUCAGCGAAGCGCUUCUGCGAGCGGAAUGGGCACCACACCGUGAGGCCCUUGUCUUCCCGCCCGGUCAGCAUGCCCACGCUGAAGUACGGGUUCUCGAGUGUCUCCUCCACACCGUCGACGGAGAUGGUGGCCCUGCUGGAGUAGCAGAAGACCCCGUGUGGGCGGCCAUCCACGGCGGCAGCGCAGCGGGUGAAGAUCUUGAAGGUCUUGACGUCCUCGAGCAGCAUAUCCCCAUAAUCGUCGGGGUCGUCGUCAUAGUACCGCCCGAUGCACUGCGCGCUGUCGGCGGACUUCGUUCCGGUCAUGUCGGUAGCGAAUGGUGCAUGUUCGUACUCUAGCUCCAGAUCCGCCAUGUCGAUGACGCACUUCUGCGCGAGCUGCUCCGUCUGGAAAACCGCUGCUGCCUGUGGUACGCACACCACGACACAACACAACACGGCACAACAGCUGCAUCGCUGCCCCCUUGCGUGUGCGGAUUUAUGUGUUCUCACCGCUUCGUUGAAGUUGCCGGUCAUGGUGGUCUCGAUGAGGAAUUGCUGGAGCGUCUCGAGCCGCACACCACACGUGCCCCUGUCGAUGACGGACGUGAGGCUGCACAGGGCACUGAUGAUGAAGUUCCUGAGCGACCCGUCGCCAGCGUCGGAUGCGCCAGCACUCCAAUGUGAGGCCACCUGCUGCCCGCUCUUGGCUAUGUAGGGGGCACAGCAGUCCAUGAGCUCGGGACACUGCAUCAACAGCGACCUGACAUGCGCACAGCACCGAGAGAAUGAUCACUGUUUCUGCCGCGAGCCUUCCUUAACCGGAGCUGACCUGACGAGCGGUCUGGCGAGUGCCAUCUUGAGCAGAUUUCUACAGAUGCCCUGGUCCUGCUGCCAACCGUUGAGGCGAAUCUGAAGCAGUCGUACGUAGCACGCAGCAUAGCGUGUUCUGACACACCCAUCGCCCUCCCUGUAUGCCUCGCCGCGCCUCUCACCUUGGCACCGAUGGCGUCGAGCAUGGCGUCCUUUUCUAUGGGCUGCAGGAAGUCGAGGGCCGCUAGCACAUCCAACACACUCUGAACACAGAGAAGCGGAGCGGGAAGUGCAACCAUGUCAUGCACUGGUUGUUGGUCUAGGUACCUCUUUCGUGAUGGUCCUGAGCAUGGCUGCGCGGGGCUGCAGCACCACAGCCGCGAUGGGCCGCGAGAUAUAUGUCCUGCAGCGAUACCGUGCGGUCAGCCAUCUCCUGGAAGUUGCCGUCCAGCAGCUGCACACAGAAAGGGAAACGCAGGCACGGCCAUGCAGAUCUACGCAGAUGCGUGCGUGUUAUGUCAGCCUACCGCAUGGAAGAACUCGUAUUGCUGCGUGGUGGCCUCGUCGAUGAUGAGCGGCUCAUCGGAUCCCGCACACUUGACGGUGAUCUCAGUCAUCAGGGCUGAGCGAA